UGCAAUGCGAGCAUUCUUCAAGCUCGCUUGGGCGCGUCUCUCUCUCCUCUUAGGCGCACCGAUCUUGUAUCAGCAUCGGCAGGUCAUUACUCCGGUUAGGGCCUAGGGUUCUGGGUUUGCGAGAGAGAAAAUGUCACAUCCGGGAAAAUUGAUGCCGAAUCUGGACAAGAACAGCACAAAGCUCCUCAACCUCACCGUCCUUCAGAGGAUGGAUCCUCACAUCGAGGAGAUUUUGAUGACUGCCACCCAUGUCACCUUCUACGAGUUCAACAUCGACCUUAAUCAAUGGAGUCGCAAAGAUGUUGAAGGGUCUCUAUUCGUUGUAAAGAGGAGCACUCAACCACGAUUUCAGUUUGUUGUUAUGAACAGGAGAAACACAGAAAAUCUGGUUGAAGAUCUUCUUGGAGAUUUUGAAUAUGAAGUUCAACUUCCGUAUUUGUUGUACCGCAAUGCAACUCAGGAAGUGAAUGGAAUAUGGUUCUAUAAUCAACGCGAAUGUGAAGAAGUUGCUAGUCUUUUCAACAGGAUUUUGAGUGCAUACUCUAAGGUUCCACCAAAAGCAAAUGUAUCCUCCAACAAAAGUGAGUUUGAGGAACUAGAAGCAGUUCCCACCACCGCGGUGAUUGAAGGACCACUUGAACCAUCUUUGGCACGCCCCUCUACUGUUGAUGCAUUAGAAGAUUCAUCAUUUCUGAACUUCUUUAAUACAGCUAUUAAUAUUGGGCACAAUGGUCCUGGUAUAGCUAACUCUGGACAACCCUAUCAUGCUCCAGUUCCUCCUUUACCCUUACAUGCAGCUGCUUCUGUUAUUACUACCCAUCCUACACCAGCCAUGCAAGUACCAUCAUCAUUCCCCCCUCCCAUAUCAUCUGCCCCUCCUAGGUCAUUCAAUGGAAAUCAGGGUCUAAUCAACAACAAUAGAAUUGCCAAUCUUGUGAAACCGUCUUCUUUUGUCCCACAGCCGCCUUUUACUACCUCAUCUUCUUCAUUAGUGGCACCACCGCAGCCAAUGUCUUCUCCAUUGCCUCAUGCUGCUUUCCAUCAUGUUCCAAAUAUGGAGCGCCCUCAUGGAGCUCCAUUACUUCAACCUUUUCCACCACCUGCACCACCACUAUCACUUACACCUAGUUCUACCUCUUUAAAUAAUGCAACUAUCAGCAGAGAUUCAGUCCGUAAUGCACUUUUGGCACUUGCUGAGGAGAAUCAAUUCAUCAACAUGUUUUACCAACCCUUUUGGAUUUUCAUUUUAUUUCAGGAGAAUCAGUUCAUCGACAUGUUUUACCAAGCAUUGCUGAAAGUUCAUCAGUCAUGACCUCUGCUCAGAUUGAUAGACUUCCCUUGUCGAAUAUAAAGUGCUUUCCAUGUAAUAUUGUUGAUGUGUAUAUAUUAGCUAAAAGCAGUUUUUGAUAAAAGAAAAGAGAUUCAGGCUGCAGAAUGCUCUCUUCCUUUCAAGCGAUUACUGAAUUAAGUAGAUUGUACUUGUUAUCUUUGUCAGUUUCCUUUUGUAUUAGACUAUUGUUUUCCAGUGUAACAAACUAUUUCUUGUAUGUAUAUUCCAAUUCCUGCUUUGA